CGGUCGUUCCUACUUCGGUGGAGUCUAACUCCGCCAACUCUUCGUUUGUAACGUCCAAAUCCUGUUCUGAUGGGGCUUCAUCGAUUUCUUCAGGUACCAUAAGCACGUUCAUCUCUUUCUGUUUGCAGCGAUGCCCGGGAGUCCACUUAUCGUCAGAGCAAAAACAAAGACCCUUCUCUCUCUUGAGCUGUAUUUGUGCCUCUGUAAUCUCUUGACCUCUACUGCAGGUUUAGAGUAGUUGUUCUUGGCCGGAAUCGGGCUUGAAGUAGUGCCGGAAAACUGCACCAUAGUGCGCCUAAAUUAGUUGACCGUUGGCGAUAUUGAGAGGCAGUCAGCAACUUCUCUUCUAUGUCCUGGGCGAUCUCCAUGGCUCGUCCACAUUUCUUGGCUGCUGAACUCUCAAUUCUGCCCUUAUAGAGGGUGUUAAACCCUUAAUAAAAGUGCCCAACUGAACCUCAAAUGAGAUAUUAUAGAAAGGGGCCAAUAAUCGAAUGAAACUUUUCUUGUAGUCGCUCAUUUAGCCUUCCUACUUUACUGCCAGGAAUUGGACGUACAAAGAUCCCGUUUGAGUAUUCCGGAAGUGGCAUAACACUAAUCUUUUAAGUUCUUCCCAACUCAGAAUGGCCCUUUUUUUUUCUCGUACUGGUCCCAGAAAGAGAGAUGAAGGCUGCCUCAAUCUUCUCACUCUCAUCAUAUUGGUGGCAAGUAAAGUAUCGUUCCGCCUGCAUAAUCCACCCAUCUGGAUUGUCGCCAUCAAAGGUCGACAUGUUCAAUUUCUUGAGGCGUUCAUGGUGGCCAUUAUUGCCGGAAAAGUUUCGUUCUGUCGACUUGCCGUCCGCUGACUUGCUCCCUCUGAAAUUUCUGGUCAUCAGAGCAUUAACGGUUGCUUGGCUGUGAGUCGCUGGGUUUGCAUUCCCUGGUUCUUGAAUUUUUGGACUGUUUGCAACACUUCCUCUAGGUUCUGGCAGCUUUCUUAAUUGUUCUUGGGCCUUCGCGAAGAGUUGAAAUUGUUGCCGAAACUAUUUCUGUAGCUGCUUUCCCAUUUCUUGAAUGGAUUCUUUGACCUCGGACACCUCUGUUUUCAGUGCUGCCAUUUCUUCCUCGAUGGGUGUGGACGAAUCUCCCUUCUCUAUGGUCUUCUUAGUCCCAUGUCCCCACGCUCACCGCACCAAAUUGGGUUCAAAUCUGGAUAGCAAUGCAAAAAUGUGGCGUUUAGUUGCGGAUCUUAUGAAUGAUCUGGGAAUGUUGAUGGACCUGACUUCUCCACUAUUUCCUUCAGCUUUUGUGUUUUUAGUUUGUUUAGGGAGCCUAUCGAGAUCAUUCACUGGUGUUGCAAGUGGAGCAACUAGAGCUGCUUUGACACAACAUUUUGCUCUUCAGAAUAAUGCUGCUGAUAUAUCAGCCAAGGAGGGAAGUCAAGAGACAUUGGCGACGAUGUCUGGUAUGGCAUUGGGUAUGCUUCUAGCCCGCAUCACCAUGGGACACCCACUAGCUAUCUGGUUCUUAUUUUUGUCUCUCACCGUGUUCCACAUGUAUGCAAACUACAAGGCUGUCCAGUGUCUUGCGCUGUCUUCAUUAAACCCUCAAAGGAACUCAAUUAUUUUGCAACAUUUCAUGAAGACUGGCCAAGUUCUCUCCGCUGAACAGGUAUCUAAGAUGGAACAUAUUCUACCUAUCUGGGCAUCUUCAUGGAGUUUAAAAUGUUCAAAACUACUACAUAUGCAAAUAUGCUUAGGAGUGAGGGUCUCUGCACUGAGUCACCCAGAACUGACUGAUCUAUUGCGUAAUGCUGGCUCACAUUAUAGAAAAGCUAAGUACGUACUAGUGGAAAGGAAUGGAAUUAUAAGUGUUAUUAUGCAUAAAGAUUCUACUGCUGAAGACGUCUUGCAGUCUUUUGUUCAUGCUUAUGUGAUGGCAACUCUAAUUGGUAAAACCAGUUCCAUUCAUACCGAAAGUCAGUCAUGGAUUGAUGCAGAGUAUAUACUUUUUCUUCAGAAGGACCAGCUCUCGGGUCAGAUGAUUGGGAGUGCUAAGGAAGUCUCAGGUCUCUAUUAUUUUUUGCAUAAAAAGUCUACGGAUGGGAGCUGCCUUCUUGUGACUGAAUCUUCAUCCUCUCAUAAAAAUAAACUGAAGUUAUCAGGUUGGAAAACAGAGCGUCUUCUGUCCCCCUCAAUCAGUUGGAAGGCAAAUUGGAGCUCUGGGUCUUUAGAUGAGAAGCUUGACUAAGAAAUGUAUCUAGUGCAGCCUUUUAUACAGUUUUUUUUUUCUUCAAUAGAAUGGCCCAAGCAGCCUUCAACUUAUUUUAUGAUAUCGUUACAGAAAAUAAGGCUAUUGUUAACAAUAACACUGCUAGACAACUUUAACACUAUGAUAUGUGACUUGAUUAGGAGUUCCUUCUUGUUUUAGUACAAGGGAUUUUAGCCGAAUGGCAAAAUUUUGGUUCUUCAGAGUA